CCACAAACUCUCGACCCUAUAUAUAUUUAAGCGAAGUUAAGAGAGAUACACUCACAGACCCCAAACAAACACAAAGUUUGUUCAGUAAUCAAAAGCUAAGGAUAGAGAUGGCGACAAAGAUUAUGCGUAUACACACAAAGAUGCGCGAGGGGUUCUGCGUGAGCCGCCGCGCUGUGGCCCACGUCUGCGCUCGAUCGCCCAUUCACACAUACAAGAAGUCGGGCAGCCUGAUACGGUCGUAUGAGAGAGGCGAGUUUUCCAGUAAAAGCAGCACUGAGAUGAGCAGCUUCAACAGUGAUGAAGGGAAGACAAAACAUGAAUCUGCAUGCGGGACUAACCGAGUCAUGGUCGUGGUUGAUCAUAGCCUUGAAGCCAAACAUGCCCUGCAAUGGGCACUUUCCCACACUGUUCAAAGCCAGGACGCCAUCAUACUUAUUCAUGUAACCAAGCCAUCAAAACAAGGUGGAAAUACCAGAAACGAAUCCAAUCAAAGACCAUAUCAACUUAUUUCCUCGAUGAAAAACAUGUGUCAGACAAGAAGACCCGGGGUAAAAGUGGAGAUAUUAUUGCAAGAAGGAAAAGAAAAAGAGCACGUGAUUGUUGAAGCAGCAAAGGAAGAAAAGGUCUCUCUCCUGGUCUUGGGUCAAAGAAAGAGGUCAACAAUGUGGCGCCUGCAUUCCAUGUGGUCAGGGAAAAGAGUGAAUCCUAAGGUUGUGAAUUACUGCAUUCAGAAUGCAAGUUGUAUGACCGUAGCAGUGAGGAGAAAAAGCAGGAAAUAUGGAGGCUACUUGAUUACCACAAAGUGUCACAAGGACUUCUGGCUGUUGGCUUAG